CUCUCUCUCAGACAAAAUCAAUGGAGAUCGUCCGAACAAUUUCAGCCCAGAACGGACUUGGUUUCCAAGCAUCACGACCCAGCUUGGCCUGCCGUCGAGUGUCCCGUUUAAACCCUCUCACAAGAGUAUCAGCUUCGACUCAGACUUUAACAAUUGAAUCUACUCAGACCCACCUCUCCAACCUCGAGAAGCUACUCCAGAAGCAGGUCCCUCCGCCCUUACAAUAUAAUACACAGCCUCCUCACAAGGAUUCCGGUAAUGGGUCUUCACCGGAAAAAAUGGUCAGGAAUCUCUUCGAAAACUUGAAUUUGACAAAAAUUUUGCCAGAUAAUAUGAAGGCGGCGGCGGAGGAGAUGUCACCGCGACACAUGAACCGCUUGCAGCGCCUCCUCUCGAAAUCGCCGGAAUAUUCCCCAAGGAAUAAUCUCGGUAGUCGGUGGCGAGAAUACCACGGUUGUAACGACUGGGUCGGCAUCCUUGAUCCGUUGGAUGAGAAUCUCCGGAGAGAGAUUGUCAGAUACGGUGAAUUCAUCCAGGCCGCAUAUCAAACCUUCAACUCCAACCCCGCAACAUCAGACGACAAAGCUCCUCUGCCUCGGCAGGUGUCGUUGCCUGAUAAGUCUUACAAGGUAACAAAGAGUCUGUACGCCACGUCAUCGAUAGGACUGCCAUCAUGGGUGGAUGACAUGGCACCCGAUCUUGGCUGGAUGACACAGCGGUCCAGUUGGAUUGGGUACGUGGCGGUUUGCGAUGACAAGAGGGAGAUUUCACGGAUGGGAAGGAGAGACAUAAUUAUUUCGCUCCGUGGGACUGCCACGUGUCUCGAAUGGGCCGAAAACGUAAGGGACGUACUGGACCGGGUCCCUGGAGAGGAUAACUCUGGUCAGGUCCAACCGGCCAAGGUAGAGUGCGGGUUCUUGAGCUUGUACAAAACCCCCGGUUCAAACAUGCCAAGCCUAUCCGAAUCGGUGGUCGAAGAAGUACGGAGGUUAAUGGACCUCUACAAGGGUGAGACGCUGAGCAUCACGGUGACCGGCCACAGCCUUGGUGCGGCGUUAGCCCUACUAGCCGCCGACGAACUGAGCACAUGUGCACAGGAAAUGCCACCGAUCGCCGUCUUUUCCUUCGGCGGUCCUAGAGUCGGAAACCGGGCAUUUGCGAACCGGGUCAGCAAUAAUGGAGUCAAGGUGUUAAGAAUCGUGAACUCACAAGAUGUUAUCACGAAGGUUCCAGGGAUGUUCGUGUGCGAAGAACUAGACCAGAAACUGAGAGACAACGAAAAGGUGGCAGGGGUAGUGAACGUGUUGGAUAACAUGCCUUGGGCCUACUCACAUGUGGGGACAGAGCUCCGGGUGGAUAGCAAAAUGUCACCAUAUCUUAAACCAAACGCUGACGUGGCUUGUUGUCAUGACCUGGAGGCAUACCUUCACUUGGUGGAUGGUUUCAUGGCUUCUGACUGUCCCUUCAGAGCUAAUGCCAAACGAAGCCUUACGAGAUUACUUCAUGAACAAAGGUCAAACGUGAAGAAAUUGUAUAUAAGCAAAGCAAAGGACCUGAGAUUAAAUCUUGACAACUUGCAAGCAGUUGCAAUCCCAAGUUGUUUGCCAAGUCCAUCGUGACUGGUCAGCCAAGUUUGACCAUGAUCGAACCGGGCUGGUUGGCUGAGGCA